AUGAAUAAAGCAUUUCAUAACGUGUCAUUUACCAAACAUUCUACAUCACAUUCCUCAGAUCGAAUAAAAUAUUCGACUAUGCUCAAACAACACCAGCAGCCACAAAAUAAUGAAGGGAGUGCUUCACCCUCCAGUUCGUGUCUUUAUUGUAUUACAAAAGCUGUGCAUCCACGAUUAGGACGUGGUGAGACCUACAUUUGUGGUUAUAAACCGUAUCGAUGUGAAAUAUGCAAUUAUUCUACAACAACUAAAGGAAAUUUAGCUAUACACCAACAAUCAGAUAAACAUUUAAACAAUCUUCAGGAACAUGAACAGACCGUGUCGCAAACAAUAUUUAGUUCUGUUGACAUCAGAAGUAACCAUACGGGAAGUCCUGAUUAUAACCGCUAUCAACAGGAACAACAACAACAUAACCUUAAUCAAAAUCGUCACCAUUUAAAUUUAACAAGUAAGAAAUCAUAUUCAUUAAGCGAUUUAAAGUUCCUUGCUUCACAUUCACUAAGUGAAAUAAAAGGCAUGAAAACACUACAACAAAAUAUAAAACUGAGCCAUAAAAACAUUGACUCAGUUCAGAAUAGAAAUGAGGAGCAUGAAACUCUUGAUAACACAGAAACAAACAAAACUAUCAGAAAUCUUUACGAACUGGGUUUAUCUAAUAAUGAGGAUAUGAUUCAACAGUUUAACUAUCCUUCACCCUCCAUUUCCUCCUUUCUUCCAAACUCAUUUCCUAUGCACCAUGAUGUUACAUUAAACACACUCAUGCCAUCAACAUCAUCUAAUGAUAGUCUAACAUCUAACUUGACUGAAACAUCGAAUCAUCCGUUAGCUUGUCAAGUGUGCUGUACAUUUACAACGGACAAUUUAGAUAUGUUGAUUGAACACGCUGAACGAAACCGUACACCGUUUAACUUGGACUACGUCACAAAUUUAAUAAGUGUUCAUAUAAACGGCUUUUGGUUUUGUAAAUUAUGCUCUUAUAAAAGCCCGUUGAAGGCCAAUUUUCAGUUGCAUUGCAAAACAGAAAAACAUGCACAAAGAUUAAGUUUCCUCGUACAUGUUUGUGAAGGUGGGCUUUGGAAUCAGUCGCGCAUACUUUCAGCAUUAAACAUACAGGAAAGCAAAAUGUUAACCAUCAAUAAUAAUAACAGCACGAAAUAUCCAUCUCUGAAUGGAUUAAACCAUAGUACGUCAUUAACGAAUGCAUUGUCUAACCUCACUACCCAUAAUACCAUUAGUAAUAGCUGUGGCAAUGUUAGUAGCAAUGGUAAUGAUAAUAAUAACAAUGCUAGGAAUAAUUUCAGUCUAACCUCAUCAAUACAACUAUACUGCAUUGCUUGUGACUUGUUUACAACUUCUGUGCAUAAAUUUCGACUACAUUGUCAAACAGUUAGUCAUGCUGCAGCCGUAGAAGUAUUUAUACAUUUGGUUGGUAGACGUAAUCAUCUUUGGCAUACUUUGACAUCUUUGAGCUUAUUCUAUGUAGAUUUAUUGAAAUCUCUGAUGGAUGAAAAUCAUACAGAUCGUGGUGAUAAGAUACAAACUAACUGCAGUUCCUCUUCUCCAGUUUCUCAAGAUAUGAAUAAAUCAAAUUUUCAAGCAAAGUUUAGCAAAGUCUUGGUCCAGUUAUCAUUAAUUCUUACAAAUAUACAGGUGAUUUAUGUGUGCCACAAGAAGCAUUUAUCACUAAAAUUAUCCACACCUAUUUACUCAUCAUCAUCCUCUUCUAGUAGUACAAAUUUUAAUCUACUCUCUGAUGAAUCCUGUCAAAAAUACAUAAGUCGCUUCAAGUCCCUAACAAGUGCUCUCAGCCAUUGGCAUGCUCGCGAACAUCAAAAAUCUAUCAUUAAACAGCAAAUCUGUGCAGAACAUGACAAUUCACAAACACAACAACAACAUAAUAAUCCAGUGAAUCUAUUCAUCAGUCUGAUGAAACUUUCGAUUCAUACCCAAUCAACAUUCAAAAUUCAAAACGAAAAUCAACAUUAUCCCACAUUUGAUGAACUCAAACAACAGCUGAAUAAUGAAGAGCUCAAACUAUCCAUCAAUCAAAAUAAUGGUCAGUCAAAUGGAAUUCAGCGAGUUUCACAGCUUUUUAAAUUUACUACUAAUCCACCAUCGUCGAAUAUAACUCCAGCUACUGACAUUUCAGAAGGAGUUCACAUGCCAAUAGUCUCCAAUAUAACUACAUCUACGUGGAAUGUUUACAAUAUCGGUGAACCACUAGAGGAGGUGGGCCAAAAAUACGACAUGAAGAUUUCAAUAGAAGUUGAACGAUGUCACAGUGAGAAUAACAAAUUGUCAGUUGAGCAAAGAUUACCAGAGAAUUGGUUAGACAUUGGAAAGCCUAAAUCGAAAACACUGAAUGAAUCAGAUACGUUGACUACCAUGGUAACAGCUGCUACCGCUAAUUCCAUUGUCAGCGAUUGGCCUACCAGACCGAAAUCAGAACCGAUCUUGAAAUUAACCAAUCAGUUCACCACUGAAUCAGAAAUCGAUACAAAUAAGACAAAUAUUCAUAAAGUCAAAGCUCUUCAAAAUCUUACCGAUCCAACGAAAAAUCACCAAGAAAUGAAGGAUAUUAUGACAGCUAAUGCUUUCUUGUCAUCAAACCGUGCAAUUGAAGAAAAUGUGUCUAAUAGUUGUUUAUUUAUGCCAAAAGACCUGCGACUAACGGACGAAUGGAAAAAGCUUGUGAAAACUUCAGCUACCUCUAAUGCACAACAUGUUUCAUCAAAUAUGUCACUACCUGUUCGUAAUUUUGGUUUAUGCGGCGCAUCUAUUACACCAAUGGAGUUAUUUACUCAAAUAACAUCUCACUACAGACAUAUUUCUGAUAAUUCAACUAUGCUCCAUCAAUGGGAUUGCUAUUAUCUUCCCAGCAUUAAGUAUAGAAGCAUCUUCAGGUGCAAUAAAAGUAAGCAUGAGUCCGUUUACGAGAAAUUUAAUAACCUUUGGUUUAAAUUAGACCAUCUGCAUCAUCUACAAAUCCAAAAAGGGAAUUCAUGUACAUUCUGUUUUCAAAAUGGUAAAAGUGACAACCCCAACAACAGUGAUAACAAUAGUAUGGAUGACAAUCGGGGUACAUCUCAUCGAUUCGUUCUUGAAUCCAGUAUGGAAUUACAUGUAAAACUAGAACACUCUCAGUCAUCUACUGGAGAUUAUUCUACCCCAUUAAUUAGCACAUCUGCAAGUGAAUUAGUUGAUAAGUUGAACGUGCUGAUUUCAAACUCUACUUUUUCAAAUCUAUUUCUUUCGUGUUUAGAGGAUAAUGAUCGUACUACGAGUCAUUAUAAAAAGACACCUAAUGAUAUACUUCACUCAUUAUUAGAAACUUCUAAGCAUUUUACACCAGAGAGUUUCAAAGACCCAAAAAUGCACACGGACAUGAGUGGAACGGAACUAAAUGAUACUAGUUCGCCUUUAUCAUUUGCAACGGAACAGAAAUUUCUAACAAAUAAUUAUUCCACUGUCGGUACUACUAACAGAGAUAUUAGCGGUGUGUGUGAGUCGAAUAUUUCAUUGUCCUCGUCAAUAACAUCAUCUGACCAGAUAAAUUUACUGAACAAAGAUUUGAAAAAUUCAUUAACAAACGACUCAAUUAAAAUUAUAAGUAACAAUGUAUAUUUUGAUAAGUCUAACCUUCUAUCAAAUUAUACUGCAAAUGGUACCAAUAAUAUUACUGAUAAUCAUAAUGGUGAUAUAGACAGUAAAAUCCAUCUACCGUUAGCCGAAGCCCUGCUAAGUUCUAUAAAAGAUUAUAACUUAAACAAUUCAACAAGUAUUUUGCACAAAUUAUACUUAAAAGCCCAAGAGGAACAACACAGACUAAUUCAACAACACCGGCAGCAACAUUAUAACCAACAAACCUCAUCUUCUGCAUCACAAAAACGAAGUCGUACUCGUCUAAGUGAAAAGCAAUUGAGUAUUUUACGUUCAUAUUUCGAUAUAAGUAAUUCACCAUCAGAUGAAAAGAUACGUGAAAUUUGUGCAAAAACAGGUUUGCAAGAAAAAGUUGUAAAACACUGGUUCCGGAAUACCUUAUUUAAAGAACGUCAAAAGAAUAAAGAUAAUCCAUAUAACUUUUCGAUACCUCCAAGUACAAGUUUAAAUUUAGAAGAAUAUGAAAAAACUGGCAGAAUAGAAGUUCUUUCAACAAUGUCAAGCAAACAUAAUCAUAAAGAACAAGAAGAACAACAGUUUUACUCAGAUAAUGAGCAGUGUAACGAACAAAUCAAUGAUGAUUCUCACUAUGAAUCUUGUUCACAAGAUCCAUUAACUUCCAGCGGUUAUACAGCAUUACAUAAUCAUUCUAAUACUCAUAUUAGCAACUUUUCACAUUCAAGAAAUAUUGACGAAACAUACAGUGAUUCUAACAUAGUGAAUGACUACACAAAAUAUGAGAAUAGAAACAAAGAAUCUUUAAGUUCUCCUACAAAGCCAGCCAAUUCAGCGACUAAAAGGUUAUAUGACGUUGAAUCAGCAUCUUUUAUAAAUGCUGAUAAGACAAAAUGGGAUAUUCAUCGUAAACGUGUGCGGCUUCAUAAAGAUAUUCAGCAGACUAACAUAAAUAAUGAAAUACCUGUAUCGCUACUGCCUAACGAAGAGUCAGAUAUGAACCACAGUUACAAAAGAAAUUUACACUCAGCAACAUCAACCGAAAAUACUGAUGGGGAUUUUCAGUCAUUUAUAAUGGCAGAUAAUUCAAAUAACUCACAUGGAUCACCUCCUUCGAUUACAUCGGAAAGUUCCCCGUCUAUUUCUGACGCUCCUUUAUCGCCUAGACUACCAUUUAUUCCUGACCUAGACAAUCCUCAAAGUGUUAUCGCUGCACUUAUUCGUCUUGGAAACCAUAACCAGAUUCAACAACAACAUACAACUUAUGAAUGUGGGAACAAAUUAGGUAACCCAUGGGAGUUUCCGUAUUUUUCGUCAGUUGCUGCUUCUAGGUUGCCUAGCAACAAUGAUAUCUACACAGAUACAAACAAAUUACAGCACCAUAUUGCAGCACUAAUGAGUGGAUCGAUCGGUACAAGUAUGUCAAAUUUCCAGAGUUCAUCAGAAUCGAAUGAAGCACCUUUAGAUCUAAGCUCCAAAACAACACCACCGGCUGUGAUGAGUUCUACUGACGACACUAUACGCAAAACUAAUCUACCUUACUAUGAACAGCUUACACAUACUUCCGAUAAUGAGGUUAACAACGAUUGUGAUGUUAUUUCACAAGAUCAUUUUAUUUCUAUACCCUCACUAAUUCAAUCAGAACAUGCUUCUGGUGUUUACCACUCAACAAGCACAACAUCUAGUACAAAUGGUGGACGUAGAAACAGAACUAGUAUUACUGCACUCCAGUCUAGGUGUAUGCACUCAAUAUAUAACCAUCACAAAACGCCAUCAGUACAUGAAUGUGAUAGAUUAGGUGAAAUUAUCGGCCUUUCUCGGCGUGUUGUUCAAGUAUGGUUUCAAAAUCAACGUGCUAAAGAAAAGAAAAUGGCACGUGUUUCUUCUGGACAAUUCGGCUUCUCUGUCAAUCCAUCUACAUCAUCAGUAGCAGAUAAGUUAUCGCCUAAUGAUGCUUCUACAAUGGACUCAAAUUACUGCCAGAUAUGCUCAGUAUCCAUUCAAAAUCGGAGAUAUCUAGUAAUUCUGGAUUUGUAAAUCAACAGGUAACAAAUGUUGGUAGUCAGUCAGCAAAUUUUGCAUCACAUGCUUCAUUUGUUGACCAUCUGUUUUCGCCUCUUCAUUUGAAAAAGUUAAUACGCUGGUGUACAAUGGACACGAGUUAGUUGAACACUACAGCUAAUACCUGGGUUGUGUAUAUUUUUCCCCAUCCUCCUCACUUCACACCACUUCAUUCUAAUGAAUUUCAACAUUUCGUUUCUCUAGUUAACCAAUGCUGAAGAUCAAAAUAUUGAGUAGUAUGACUCAAAUAUCCGUGCUUUCUUUACCGUUCUCAGUCGUAGGUGACAUUUCACCUUUCAUACCACACUGGAAAGAAAGACAGUGCUAAUUUGUUUAAUUUUUUCGAUUUUUAAUUUGUUUACCUAUUUUUAUCUUUUGCUCUCAGUAUGCCUCCGACCAUCUGCUCGUGUUUAUCUUAACUACUAGUUGUUAAAAUGAGUUUGUAAAAUUUCCUCAUAAAUACGAUAAACUGGUCGAAGAAUGAGCUUGAAAGACAGGAAUUUUUCCAGACGAAAACAGCAAUACACAGAUUAGCAAUAUAUGCAUAAUAUUUACAAUCGUCUUUUGACAAACUCUCACCAAAAUUAAUGGAGUAAAAAAUACUUCAUUUUAAUUAUUUCAAUUAUUAAUUUUUAUAAAUGAAUGAGUUUACGCAGACUUCUGAAGAAUAAACGCAGC